AUGUGGGCCGGUGGCGUGGGGAGCCCUCGGCGGGGCCCAGCCCCUGCGCCCACCGAUGACCUCUUCGCUCGGAAGCUGCGCCAGCCGGCCCGGCCCCCGCUGACACCGCACACCUUCGAGCCAAGACCAGCCCGGGGCCCGCUCCUGCGCAGCGGCAGCGAUGCCGGCGAGGCCCGGCCCCCCACACCGGCCAGCCCUCGCGCCCGGGCCCACAGCCACGAGGAGGCCAGCCGCCCUGCCGCGACCCCUACCCGGCUCUUCACUGACCCCCUGGCACUGCUGGGGCUCCCGGCCGAGGAGCCGGAGCCCGCCUUCCCGCCGGUGCCUGAGCCCCACUGGUUCGCCCACUAUGACGUGCAGAGUCUGCUCUUUGACUGGGUUCCGAGGCCGCGGGGGACGGGCGGCCACGCAGAGGCUGGCUCUGGGACUCCGGCCUCCGCUGAUGACCUGUCCGCCGGCUCGGACCUGCUGCUCGAAGCGCCUGGCUUCGUGAGUGAGCUCGGGGGUGAGGGCGAGCUGGGCCUGGGUGGACCGGCGUCCCCACCCGUGCCCCCUGCACUGCCCAACGCGGCCGUGUCCAUCCUGGAGGAGCCGCAGAACCGAACUUCGGCCUACAGCCUGGAGCACGCAGACCUGGGUGCUGGCUACUACCGCAAGUACUUCUACGGCAAAGAACACCAGAACUUCUUCGGACUGGACGAGGUGCUGGGCCCGGUGGCAGUGAGCCUGCGGCGGGAGGAGAAGGAAGGCAGCGGAGGAGGCACUCUGCACAGCUACCGCGUCAUCGUGCGGACCACACAGCUCCGGACCCUCCGCGGCACCAUCUCGGAGGAUGCGCUGCCACCGGGGCCCCCGCGGGGUCUGUCCCCGAGGAAGCUUCUGGAGCACGUGGCGCCACGGCUGAGCCCAACCUGCCUGCGCUUGGGCUCAGCCUCACCGAAGGUGCCCCGCACGCUGCUCACGCUGGACGAGCAAGUGCUGAGCUUCCAGCGCAAGGUGGGCAUCCUGUACUGCCGCGCCGGCCAGGGCUCGGAGGAGGAGAUGUACAACAACCAGGAGGCAGGACCGGCCUUCACGCAGUUCCUCACCCUGCUGGGCGACGUGGUGCGGCUCAAAGGCUUUGAGAGCUACAGGGCCCAGCUGGACACCAAAACGGAUUCCACAGGCACACACUCCCUGUAUACCACGUACCAGGACCACGAGAUCAUGUUCCACGUGUCCACGAUGCUGCCUUACACCCCCAAUAACCAGCAGCAGCUCCUUCGGAAACGCCACAUUGGCAACGACAUCGUGACCAUCGUGUUCCAGGAACCUGGCAGCAAGCCCUUCUGCCCCGCCACCAUCCGCUCGCACUUUCAGCACAUCUUCCUGGUGGUGCGGGCUCAUGCACCCUGCACGCCACACACCUCCUACAGGGUGGCCGUGAGCCGCACCCAGGACACCCCUGCCUUUGGGCCGUCUCUGCCCCAGGGCGGAGGCCCCUUCCCGGCCAACGCCGACUUCCGCGCCUUCCUGCUGGCCAAGGCGCUCAAUGGCGAGCAGGCAGCAGGCCACGCACGCCAGUUCCACGCCAUGGCCACGCGCACGCGUCAGCAGUACCUGCAGGACUUGGCCACCAACGAGGUGACCACUACGUCGCUGGACUCGGCCUCGCGCUUUGGCCUGCCCUCCCUGGGCGGGAGGCGAAGGGCGCCCCCUCGGGGCCCGGGCUCCGAGCUGCAGGCGGCGGGGGCGCUGGUGUGGGCCGUGCGCGCGGCGCCCGGAGCGCGGGGCCUGGUGAGCCGAGGCUGCGAGACCCUCGAGCUGGCGCUGCCCCGCGAAGGCCAAGGCCGCCUGGGCUUCGAGGUGGACGCCGAGGGAUUCAUCACGCACGUGGAGCGCUUCACGUUCGCGGAGACAACGGGGCUGAGGCCAGGGGCGCGCCUGCUGCGCGUGUGCGGCCAGCCGCUGCCCAGGCUGGGCCCGGAGGCCGCUGCCCAGCUGCUGCGCUCGGCGCCCAAGGUCUGCGUCACCGUCCUGCCCCCCGACGAGAGCGGCCGGCCCCGCAGGAGCUUUUCGGAGCUGUACACGCUGUCUCUGCAGGAGCCCAGCCGGCGGGGGGCCCCAGAGCCCGUGCAGGAUGAGGCCCCCGGGGCGGCGACCCUGCAGCCCACCACGCAGCAGUUGCUACAAGCGUGCCUGCUGGAGGGUGGCAGUUCCACGGGGCCUGGGGAUCUGGCUGAAGAGAGGACCGAGUUCCUGCACAGUCAGGACUCCCCGUCACCCCGCAGCUCCCUGUCAGACGAGGCCCCGGUCCUUCCUAACACCACCCCGGACCUCCUCCUGGCCGCCACGGCCAAGCCGUCAGCACCCAGCGCUGGCCGGGAGACACCACCCACCCGGGAUGGGCCAGGCAGCCCCAGUGGUUGUGAGGACAGGGGCGACCCGGCCCCAGAGCUGAGGGCCUCCUUCCUGCCACGAACCUUGUCUCUGAGGAACUCCAUCAGCAAAAUCAUGUCAGAGGCGGGCAGCGAGACCCUGGAAGACGAGUGGCAGUCCAUCUCAGAGAUCGCCUCCACCUGCAACACCAUCCUGGAGUCACUGUCCCGGGAGGGACAGCCCAUCCCAGAGAGCGGGGAUGCCAAGGGAACUCCGAAGUCCGAUGCUGAGCCAGAACCUGGGAACCUGUCGGAGAAGGUCUCUCGCCUGGAGUCCAUGCUCAGGAAGCUGCAGGAAGAUCUGCAGAAGGAGAAGGCAGACAAGGCGGCCCUGGAGGAGGAGGUGCGGAGCCUGCGUCACAACAACCGGAGGCUGCAGGCCGAAUCAGAGAGUGCAGCCACGCGCCUGCUCCUGGCCUCCAAGCAGCUGGGCUCACCUACUGCCGACCUGGACUGAGCCGUCUGGGCCAGCCUCAGCCUGGCUGUGGACCUGCUUGGAACUGCUCAGGUCCUUCAGGGUACCUGGGUCACAACGGGCCCGGGGCCCUCCUCAGGAACUCUCCCUGCGCACAGAGGCGCGUCUUAGCACUGCCCCCACUCCCCAGUCCAUUAUUUGGUGGUGAAGUUGCCCCUACCCCCCAUCCCUGUUUGUAAAUAUUCUGUGGAGAAGAGGGGACUUUGGGG